UUUCAUUAAUCAUUCAUUGUAUGCAAUAAGUGUAUCGAAUUUGAGUACUGGAUUUCCAGAUAGAUUUCUGAUCCUUCGUUUUCAUCAAUAGAGAGAACUGAGGGAGGGAGGGAGGGAGGAGAGCUCUCUGUAUAGCCCUGAUCGGUUGCCAGAAAAGAUCAUGGGCUACGGUCGUGGUGUUCAAGUAUUCAUUAUGAUCCUCACGUUGCUUCCUCUCAAUAGCGAGGCAUGGGGUUGGUUCGGGUCCUCCGACAGAGGAACUCCUUCAGGUGACAGUCCGGACACCAAUGGUAUGGUUGCGGUGUUCUCCAUGGAGCAGGGCCUCAACAACCCCAAGGUGGCCGAGAUGAUGGAGAAUGCUCAGAGGAAACUAAUGACUCCGAAUUCUUGCUGGCAAAACGCUUACCGCAAUCUUUUCGAUGGGUGCUCGAAAAUCUUGGCUGCGGAGGAGAAGCGGUCUCGAUUCGCUUGGCAUCUCAGUGAUUGUUUUCAGAGGGACUCCGGAAGGUCCCCUUUUCCCCACUGUGAUGAAAGGUCGUCCACCACUGAUUGCCGGAAGAAGUUGGACCAAUCCGAGGGCAUGGUGUUUCUCGAGUUUUACCUUGAAACUAACUCCAUCUGUCACCAGUUGCAGGCAAAUGCGUUUAAGCAGGAGACGGAGAGACUGGUCAAUGACCUGAAAACCUCGGCCGAGUAUGCAGAGGGCAAACUAGAUGGCAUACUAGAGAGGUCGGAUUCUCUUUCUCGGAGCUCAAAGGAGUUACAGGACUCAUUGGCUUCUAUUGAUCUCCGGACUUUGCAACUAUCUAAAGCAUCCAAAAACGUCGAGGAGCAUGUAGCAACUAUCUGGAAUCAUGCUCAAGCACUUUACGAGCAAUCUCAAGGCAUCGCAGCUACUCAGUCAGAGUUGCAAGAAGGCCAGUCCAGAAUGAAUGAGCAACUGGAAGAGGAAAUGACAAAGAUUAGUGAUUCUUACAGCAGACUGGGCCGGGGCAUAGAAAAUUUAAGGAUCGAGGCUCUCGACAUAGAAAACGAGAUAGCCAAGCUCCGAGACAACAUGUUCUCGAAGAUGGAUACUUUGCAAGGGAAAGCUGACGACAUCGGAAACAUGGCAGGGGCUUCCUUGGAGAAGCAAAGACAACUCUUAGAAGGGCAGUCCAAUGCACUCGAGGGUCUCCAGUUCCUCACUGAAUUUCAAUCUAAAGCACUUGCAGAGAGCAGGAGUACUUUGCAGAGGUUGACCGAAUACAGCAGUAGCCAACAGCAGCAGCUUCUCAAGGGGCAAAAUGAGAUUCAUCAGGUCCAUGAUCGUCUCGUGGAAAAAUCAAAUUCUAUCUUGGCAGCUCAGGUAGAUUUUGAAUCAAAGCAAGCAACAAUGUUUGCGGCCCUGGACAAGUUAUUUGCUCUGCAUAAUGCCAUGUUGCUCGAGUCGCGCUUGAUAAAGGCCUUCUUCAUGUAUUCUUUAUCGAUUUUCAUCAUCUACAUGUUCACAAGUACGAAGCAGACAUACAAUGUGAGGCCGUGGCUAUAUAUUGGGCUUUGCAUUACUUUCUUCAUCGAAGUCCUGGUGCUCCGAUUCACAAGGCUAGAUAUUGAACAGCAAGCGAAGAUCCUGACCUUUUUCAGAUACCUCUUCGCAUUCCUUGCAGCAGCCCAGCUUCUACAUGCCAUUUUCACGCACAGGGAUUAUGAGGUAUUGAAUCAUCAGAUACUGUUAAACUUGAUGGAGAAGGUCAAUUAUAUGCAGAGUGAGGAUAAGCUUUCAUGGGAAACCGACAGCGAUGUGGAUUGGUCUUCAUGGAUCGACUCGGAGCUGCCCGACGAAGUAGAAAGCUCUGAAGACCCCAACUACGAAGUGUCUACAGAUGUUGGAGAGAGCUCAUUAACAACUUAUGUUAGAAAGGAGUACAAUUUGCGCAAACGGCUCCAUGGGUAAUGCUGUACUUCUGUUGGCACACUAAUAACAUAGUACUAAGCUAGGACUGAUUCACUUUUGUUCUCUUUCCCUUCAACAAAAUUGAUAUUUGCCCAUAGAAGAAGUGAUUCUAUGUUCGUUGAUAGAAUUUAGUACAAUACAAUCGGGGGGAGAAGCAAUUCAAGAAUGCAAUGGGCACAGUUGUACUGGCAGAAAAGUCGGUUAUGGUAACUGAAAGGUAAGAUAUAUAAAAGCGAGGGUAUCAUGUGUUAAGAAUUUGGGUCGGGAAAUCGAUGGUAUAUCGUGUGUUCGCAUAUAUUACCUGUGUAUCUGAUAAGUGCAUCAAACAGCAGAACUUAAAGCUGUUACGCGACAGAGUUCCAAUCACUGCAUUGUCUACACUUCGCAAUAAGCAAUUGAACAGAGUUCCAGACUUCUUUCAAAAAGGAGCAACUGAAGAACCGAUGGUUUCUGCUCUCUUCUGCUUCAUUACAUAGCAAACUGGUGGUAUUAAUAUCUGUUUUCCACUUCUUAAUCCUGUCCAGUGUGGACAGCUACCAAAGUUCUACAACUUAGCUAGCAGAAUUUACAAUGAGAUCAUUUGCGGUUAUCAUAGGUUAAGUUUUACAAUGAUGAUUCGACUCUCUAGCUCGUAAAACAAUUGAAACUGUUGAUUUGGUCCCAUUCCAAUCUUGCUCUUGUCAUGGAGAUAAGGUAAAAAGACGGGGGAAAUUGCAGAGGAGGGUGGAGUUACAGAGAGCCAGAGAGGUUUCCGGGGCUUUGAUUUGGUCCUCUCGCUUUAACCAGUUAUCUUCUUCUGUACGUUCCACAACGUAAUAAAUCCUUUUUCCGAGUUCAUCCGCCUCCUUUUUUAUGCCGGUGCUACCUUUUUUCUAUUGAUCAUAUUUGUCUUCUCGAUCAACCCCGCCUUCAGUGAAAACAGUCGAACA